AUGGUGCCUGAGGAAGACCCCAAUAACCUCACCGGCGUCCCCGGGUCCCGGAGCCAGCUACACCCGUCCCACCAGCCGCCCACGAGCCAAAAGCUCGUUCUGUUCUUCGACGGCACCGGAAACAAGUUUACAGGUUCGAAUGCAGAUACAAACGUCGUCAAACUACUCAACAAGCUCGAUCGCAAUGACCCUAACCAGUACCAUUAUUACCAAACCGGCAUUGGGACAUACGAUAUCAAUGAAAAGUCGGUCAACAAGUCGUGGCUCGGGGAGAUGCGAAGCAAUAUCUCGCAGACGCUGGACCAGGCGAUUGGCACCACGUUCGAUGCCCACGUAAUGGCAGGCUACCGAUUUCUGAUGAGGUACUAUGACACGGGCGACAAAAUCUACAUGUUUGGUUUCAGCCGCGGCGCGUUCACGGCCAAGUUCUUAGCCCGGAUGAUCCAUACCGUGGGCCUGCUAUGCAAAGGAAACGAAGAAAUGGUCCCGUUUGCCUUUCGGCUAUACCAGCGAUACCUAGCCGGUGAAAUCGAGGAUUUCAAGACGGAACAAGCCAAAACUCGCGCCCAAUCCGCUCACCGACCACAACAGCCCGAACGCGACGCUGAGCCCUCACCUGCCGUACCCAAGCGUCGUAACCCCGGCCGGCGGUUCCGCAUGGCGCGAGACGAGAUCACCGCCUUCAGCAACACCUUUUGCCGCAAGGAAGAGGUGGUUCGAAACGGCAAAGUCGUAGAAGCCAACAUCAAGGUGUACUUUCUCGGCAUGUGGGACUGCGUCAACUCCGUCUCGGUCAUGGAGCGGGAAACCCCGGUCCCCGUGCCGGUCAAGGGAACCGCCCACUACGUACGGCACGCCGUGGCCGUCGACGAGCGUCGCGUCAAGUUCAAGCCGGCGCUUCUCGCCCAGGAUAUGCGCUGCCAGACACACGUCCAUGAAGAUAUCAAGGAGGUGUGGUUCCCCGGGUGCCACGGGGACGUGGGAGGGGGUUGGCCCGCCAUGGCGGACAACGCGCUCGACAGCGGCAACUUCGAAGGCAUGACCCACCACGAACGCACCAAGAACUUUUGGAAAACCCGCAAGGCGAAGCAAGCCAGCACGAACGCCGGCAACGACCCGUUCCAGAUGAGCGAUAUCCCGCUCGCUUGGAUGAUUCGCGAGCUCGAGCUUGUGGGGAAACAAGACCCCGCGGCGGCGGUCAGGUGGUGUAACUCGGCCAAGGGGUUCAAGAAACGGUUGCGCAAUCGCAAGGAACAGGCGUUACGCGGCUUCAUACACGAUGGGCUACAGUACAGUUCGGGUACUGGCUUUUUACCGUCAGUCUGUGGAAAAUCAUGGAACGAGUGGGUCAACGUUCGCUUCCCUCUCAAUGGCGGCGCUGCCCGCGAUAUCCCUCGAGAUGCGGUAUUGCAUGAAUCGGUGAUAUGGAGGCUGAACAAUGACGAAAAAUACAAGCCCAAGAACAAUCACGGCGGCCGCCUGCGUCCAUGCCUCAAGGACAAAGGUACUGUGUCCAAAGUCUACCCGGUGGCGGAGGAUGAAGAAAAGGACGUAGACCAUCAAACAUAUAUCCUGGCAACCAUUAAUUAA